GCCAGAUGCCAGAUGCUCCAUCAGCUUGUCCCGUUCAUUGUCUGAUAUCUUCCCCUUUUCUCCCGUCUCUGGAUUCGGCGCCCUUUAUCUAGGACUAGACUCCCAGGAAUUCAUCUCUCUAAUUCAUUCGUUCGGCCUAUAUCACAACCCCCCUCCUUUCCUGCACUAUGAGCGCCGCCCCCGAAACCCAAGCCGCGCCUGCUACUGACGUUCCAGCUCAAUCACAGACGGCAGGUUUGAAUGCUGCCCCUGAGAUGUCUACCGGGGCUACCGAACCUACUGCGUCUGUGAACGAGCUUGUUAAGACCGAGAAGAACAUUGAGCAGGAGCUGGAGCUGCCACUGUCCGCCGCCGACGGCCUCAUCCAGAAGCCCUUUGCUCGCCCCUUGGAAGACGCAAAGCCUACUCCGCCAGCUCAACUUCAACCCGACCAGCAAGCAAAGUACGCCGAGGUCUUCAAAUCAGUCUCCGAAUGGACGACCCUGCCAACCACAUCGGCCAAGAACGCCCCCACAGCCCCUAUCACCGACAGUGAGCGCAUGUUUAUGACUCGCGAGUGUAUCCUGCGAUACCUGCGCGCAAGCAAGUGGAAUGUGUCCGAGGCAACCGCUCGCAUCCAGCGCACUCUCACCUGGCGCCGGGAAUACGGUGUGGAAAAGUUGACUGCCGAUUACAUCUCCAUCGAGAACGAGACUGGUAAGCAGGUUAUUCUGGGCUAUGACAUCAGCGGUCGUCCCUGCCUGUACCUUAUUCCGUCGAAGCAAAAUACGGAGACAAGUGACCGCCAGAUCGAGCAUCUGGUCUUCAUGCUGGAGCGCGUGAUUGAUCUCAUGGGCCCUGAUCAGGAGACGUUGGCUCUGCUCGUCAACUUCAAGGAGACCAAGUCCGGCCAGAAUGCCAGCAUCGGUCAGGCCAAGCAGACCCUCAACUUCUUGCAAAACCACUAUCCCGAGCGCAUGGGUCGGGCGCUUGUCAUUAACAUGCCGUUCAUCAUCCACGGGUUCUUCAGGCUCAUCACGCCAUUUAUCGACCCCCAGACCCGGCAGAAGCUCAAGUUUAACGAAGAUCUGCGCCAGCAUGUGCCUCCGGCGCAGCUGAUGAAGUCAAUGGGCGGCGAUGUCGAGUUCCGCUACGACCACGCGACUUACUGGCCCACGCUGAACAAGCUCGCGGAUCAGCGCAGAGCCGCGUACACUGAACGCUGGAUCCAGGGUGGAAAGCGUAUCGGAGAGUUCGAGAACUACUUGAAAACCGGCACCGGUCCGAGCCUGGCUCAGUCCGAGGGAACACCCAACGGAGCCGCGAGUGAGACCCAACCCGCCGUCUGAACGCGUCGACCUGUUCCCAGCCUACAUGCUGCAGUUGCGUUGGCCCUCUUCUCCAAGCAUGCCACAGACUGCAUUCAUGCGCCAAUUCCGUAAUAGAUAUUGUCUUUCCUGCAUUAUACCUGAAUUUGCUCGAUCUGAAUUUCGGAUUUCUCUGCACCCCACGAAAAUGUUGUCAUUGUCUGUCUCGAACUAUUGAUAGAGAUAUAUAGUUAAAAGGUC